CUUAGGUUGGUCACGGUUUUGUAUCAAUGGUUGUCCGUGAAACUAAUAGCUUGAUUUAAGGAUAAGUUUUAUGCCGUUUAUCUUAUGAAAAUUAUGCUUUUAAAGUACAUUAACUAAAGUUUCGUUAAAUUGGGGAUACAUGAGAGAUUGAAAAUGGUUAGCAUUAACUGAGUUAGCCGAGAGUCAAUACUUGCUACGUCAAUCACAUUUAGCUUACCACGUGGUGCGUCAGGACUUUCGCUAUAACGUAUACUGAUUGUUUUGAUGGGCUCCCGCCAUCUUGAGAUGUACAAGUGGUCAAGAAUUUGUUGCUGCGUGCUCUGCGUUAUGAAAGUUCUUUGCUUUAAUUUUUAUUUUAGUGAUUAGACAAAGAAGUGUGAGAUAUGAGCCUCGAAACUUUAUUAGAAGCAGCAAAGUACUUGGAGUACAGAACUCAAGCAAAGGCACGUGGAGAAGAGCCUCACGAUUAUCCAACAUUCGCUAACUUAUCAGUUGGUAACGCAAAUAAAGCUGCUGCUUCAUGUCCUCUUGCUAACCAAACGAUCAGAAACAAUUCAGAAUCUCCAGAAGGCAGUUCGUCUCCUAUUAAUCAAGAUAAUGCGGAAGACCAAAAGGAGAAAAGAAGAACUGGGGGAGCUGGAACGAGAGAAGUACACAACAAGCUGGAAAAAAAUAGAAGAGCUCAUCUGAAAGAAUGUUUUGAAACCCUGAAGAAACAGCUUCCAAAUAUUGAUGAAAGGAAGAUUUCAAAUUUGAGUAUUCUUCGUGGAGCUUUAAGAUAUAUCCAGAUUUUCCACAAAGUACUGAAUAAUAGAUCGUUUCUAAUCCAACACAAACAGCAAUCUAAAGCGGGAGGAAGUGAUAUUGAAGAUGGUUCAAAAGAGACAACAACAACAACAACUGGGUUUGGAAAGUUUCUUCAGUCCUCGGACACUUCCAAUACUUCAUCAGUUUUACUGUCCACACCAAAUAGUACACCACCUCAGGAUAAGAGGAUAACUAGUCCAAUGUGUAUAGAAAAAAAACGAGCACCAUCUGGCACACAAUCGGUACACUCUUGCAACUUACCAGAGGACUCUGCAGCUGUGACGUUUCUCCAGACAUCAGCCACCUCUAUUGUAUCACCAGUUUCCAUGACCCCAGGACUUGCACCGAAUGUUUUUAUUGGAGUGCCAAAGACAAAACCUACAAAAUCAGUAUCUGUUACCAUGACAACACUUAAAAAGACGAAUACUGUGGCAUCCUCUACUCAGAGCCACUUUACAUCUCAGGGAACAUCAGAUUCUGUUCUUAAAGUGAAUUCUAAUAGUACUACAAGUGUUUUGUCAUCUGAAUCAGUGCAGAUACUGACUCAACAUUCAGUUUUAAAGGCCAUCAGUUCAUCCUCUUCAAGGUCAAAUCAAGUUCCAGCACUGACCUCAGCCAAUGUCCUUAUGAAAGGACCAUUGAAGAAUUUUACUAAGAGCUCUGUAAUCGAGGGAUCUAUUGCUACCGUGUCAUCAGUUCCAAAAUUACUAACCUUGCCCAGUUCUAACUUGAAGCCUGUUCUUAGUCAUUCCCUGGUUUGUGUCACUCCUGCACCACUGGCACCACCCCAGUCAGUCAUCAGCCUGACUCCAGUGUCAUCUGCAUCCAAAUCGAUCAUCAUAAACCAGGCAACUGCAAUAUCCAAUGAAGUAACUACUGCAGCACCCCCAGUGGUGAAUCAUAUCAGUGGAAAAUCCGUACCUAUUCCUGCGCCUGUUCCAACAGGAACAAAUUCUGUGAUCAACACCAGGGGGAUAGUGUUAACAUCAGGGACAACAAUUAUACCACAAGGAAACUUACAACCUAUGAAACAUCUGCCCCAUGUUUUACAUCAUACUAUGACCCCAAGAGCACACAUUCUCCCCGUAGGUGGUUCUCAAGUCAACAAUAUGGGACGCCAUCUGGUUACUGCUGGUCUUAAACCAGUUAAUCAGACCGGCCAACCCAAGGCACAGCUCUCCCAGUUAUCUACCAUGGGGCACGUCAUGCAGUCUCCGACAGCCACUGCUUCGGUGAGCCAUUUGGUGUCGGGUGUUACUGCUGUGUCGGCAAUCACUCCUCUAGUGACUCCUAUGUCGGUGGUGUCUCCCGGAGGACCACUGAACCAGGCUCAACUCAUCACACAAUCACAUCAACUAGGAAAGGUACUUGCUGCAACAUCACCACUCCUUAAGACAUCUGGGCAGAUUCCAAUUAUUCAGCCUCAGUUUUUGCAACCCACUGUUGGAUUGGUCGCUGCCAGUGCCCAGCCAUUGGUGAAGCCUGUUGUUGUGGUCAGUGUAGGAAAUGGAACCCAGGUUGCACAACCUGUUCGACAGCAAGGAACUAUUAACUUAUCAAUAUCACAGUAGGAACGAUUGGCUGUGAUACUUGGUUAACAGACUGGAGUUAUUUCAAACAGUGAUGUUACACAGUUAAAAAAAGAACUGCUGAUGUAAAAUUUGCUUAAUUUGAGGAAGUUAUCAUUAUUGUAAGUUUACACAAGUUUUGUGUUGAAACUACUUUGUAUAUAUAUGUAUAUUAAUUGACUUGUAGAUGUGUUGGAGUUUAUUCUUUGUAAAUAGUGUUCACAAACAAAAUUCAAGAGUAGUAAAACAUUGUGAUUUCUGAAAGACCUUCUUGGCACAUUUAAAUGAUUGAAACCUAGGCCUCAUAUUUUAGUAUUUAUAUUGUUUUAUCAUUCCAUUUAUUAGAAUUAUGUGGUUUAUUUCUGACAAAGUUUUAUGAGCAUUUUAAUUUAUUUAAGGAGAAACAGGAUAGAAAUUUGAAAUUUUGUAUUACAACCAACUAAUGUUUAUUAUAAGGAAUACUAAUUAUAACGUUAAUUCUAAAUUCGGUUAUCUGUCUGCACCAUUAACUAUUACUGGAUUGUGUUUGCUUAACUUUUUGUAAACUAAGAACAUCAUUCAUUUCAUAAAAUUAGAACACUACUAGAGCUUGGAAUGAUGCCACAGCUAGAAAUGCAUGAAAUGAUACCAGCCAUUUAAAAUGUAAAUAAGAGUAGUAAAGAUUAAUUAGAAAAUUAACACAAUUAGUUUUUAACACCUUGAAUAUAUGUGUCCUGCUUUUUAAUUUAAUGGCCUUUAAUGAAUAAUUAAAUGUACUCAAUACUCUGUUAAAGUUAUUAUUUUUUAAAACUACGAAAUCAUUUUUUACAUUAAUGAACAGAAAAAUGGUUUUAAAAUCCUUAGUUUGAUUGCAUUGUAAAAAAAGUCUACAAAACUAACAUACAUUUUUACAUUAAUGAACAGAAAAAUGGUUUUAAAAUCCUUAGUUUGAUUGCAUUGAUAAAAACAAGUCUACAAAACUAACAUAGUAGUAACUGAUUGUAUUCAGGAUUUGUUAAAAUGGAUGAUUUAAAAACAUGAACACAAAAGAUCCAAAAAAUAAUGAUACAAGGAAAUGCAAUUGAAAUACAAAAAGGGUUAAUGACAUGAACAUAACACUAUUUGAAUUAAAAACCUCUUUUUAGUUCAUUCGACAGUUCAAAUUAAUUUUGUAACAGUGAGUAUACAAGUCUCUACUGACAUGAACUUAAAAUGUAAGACAUUCAAUUCAAAAUAUUUUACACUGAUUCUCAACCAACAGAGAUUUAUGCUUCAAGGUAGACUAUUUUGUACCUCAGUUAGACUAUUUUUUGUCAUUGUAGUUGAUGUAUCCAGGUAUAAUGAGAAAAGCUUUAUUUCAUUUUAUCUCUCACUUCUUAUUACCAAUUCUGUUUCUGAAUUGUUGUAGUAGACUUAGAGCAUAGAAGGUGGUAAUGUUUUAUAUCCUAAAAUAAUUUGAGCUUCUAGGAUGUGAAGUGUGCAAAAACUUAGUUUUUUUUAUUGUUUCAUCCAUAUAAGAUGUAACAGAUAGUUAAAAAAAAAAAGAGUAGUAGUACAAGGAAAAAAAAAUUAACAGGAUCCAAUUAGCAAAAAUUAAUUUCAACAUAAUUUUGUUUGUUUUAGUUUUAUCGUGUCCUAGGAAAACAUUUUUUUUAAGUUAAGUUAGUUGGCAGCAGUUCAUGUUAGAUACCUCAGUGGUAUACACAUUUACCCAUUUGUUAUCUGUAAGGAAAUUUCACCUGGUCUCCAUUCCUGAUACAUAAACGUGUUAUAUGGUCUGUUUGUUACACAACAGUAUCUGUUAUCUGGUCUGGGUGUUAAAGAUUGUUGUAUUUCAAUAUUAAGUGGAACUGUACAUUAUAACGACUUGUGUGUGUUACAGAUUUUUGUACAAUCUGAUGUUUUGUUUUAUCGGGCUGUUUUAUCUUUAUUUUAAAUGGUAAACUUAUACAAAUCCAUAGUUUUUUAUUCAUUUAGCUUUAACACUGACUUUUGUAAUGUGCUGUUUACCUUAAAAUUAUUUUUGGUAUAAGAUCCACAAUAACUUUACUCAAAAUGAUAUCCUAGUGGUGUUUCGUAAAUUUCACUUCAAGGUGUACAGCCAAUAGCUUACUGAAAAAUGAAAACUUGUAUACUUCUUACUUCAUUAAUGAUUCUACAAAUAAGUCUUUCAGUAUGCUUUAUGAACAUCUAAGUUUUUUCUUCAUAUUUUUAGACGUUUUUUUUUGGGGGGGUCUAGUUUUCGAGUUUGUUAAUUCCAAACUAUAACACAUUAGGUUCGCUUGUCACAAUUAUUUUGUUUUACAAAGUUCAUUCAGCUUCUAUUUAAUAUAUCACAAGUUUCAGCAGUGAAUAUAAAUUUAAAAGUUUUUAUGUAUUGUAUAUUUUGUGAUCAACUUACGAAGCAGAAAUAAAAUAAUCGGUAUUGUAACCUCAGCUCCUACAGAUUUAUUUCUUAAUACAUUAUGUCCUUUUUGUAUUUUGAAAAGAAAGUUUGAAAUUCUAGAAAUAACUCACUUCAGUAAUUAAAAACACUUGUGUUUGUCUAUAGAACAUUUGACGUACUGACAUUUCUUUAGAAAUUUAUCAUUUUCCAAGUGAUUUUAUUCAUUAUGUUAAUCUGUAUUAAGUUUGGUAUGUUACCAUAGAUACAUUAUACAUUUUUUUGGCAUGAAAUAUAUGUACGAAUCUAACGGAAUAUUUAUGUUUUUAUGUAGAUUCAGUUGUAAUUAGAGGCAAGAAAUCGCACGUAGAAGUAAAAUUAUACUUUAUAAAGAAUUUAUGUAAAUAUUCAUUUUCCUGUAUUUCAAUCUAAGGGUUGCAAGACUAGUAGGAAAUCCGUAUCUUAGUUGAUACAUCAGUCAUUUAGAAAUCUGUGAUGUUUGUGUUAGGUGGAAGAAAAAAAUAAUCUUUCAAAUUGAAUAAUUUACAUUGAAACAAAUUAGCAGUUAUUUGCUUGUGUGUGUAUAAUCUUUUGGUCAGGCUGCUUCUAUAGAAUAAAAAUUUUCUGUAAGUUUAAGUUUUACAAUAUAAAAUUACAAAAAAUAGUCGUUUCUAGAAUGUGAACCUGUUAGAUUUUGCCGGUUAAACCAUAUUGGAAGAACAUAUAUUUGUGCGAGUGUCUGUCUCUGCGUUGUUGAUUACUGAAUUUUUUUUAUUUUGGGGGAAAGAUUACGAUGUGAAAUAAAACAUGUUGUGUGAUAUUAA